AUGAUAUCCCCUUCAAAGGUCUCUGCAGGAUUGCAUGUGGCGUCCUCAGUCACAGUCGUGCUCUUUGUUUUUGCAUCUUUCUUAAUCAACUUCGGUCAGAAACAGAAGUUACCCACGCAUAAGAGCGUCGUGAAAUACACGGCUGUGGGAUUAAUUGCUCUAUCCUACAUCGCCAAAGCAAUUCUUCUUGUCCUUCAUGGCGAUGCUCUCGGUCAGAGACCGGAGCGGCUGCAUUCCGCAGUACUAUUCGCCUUUGUAUGGACUUUUGUCUGUACGAGAAAGCAGUUGAUCAAUUUCGAGGUCCUGGGCCUAUCUGUUAUCACGCUCGGCUUCUCGGUUCCCUUUCUGGCACUUGGGACGGCAGUCGACGACGCUGCACUACUCACCAUUUCAUCGACUCAGCUUCUCAUUGCUACAUGUUUACUCGUGGAUUGCACGUCCAAAUGUUUUACACGCAGCAAGAAUCUUGAUGAAACGACUCCUUUCUUGGCCCCUGAGUCAGGCAUAUCUUCCUACGGUAGCCAGUCCCCAUCUGGUCAAUCCAUCAAUGCCGAAGAUGACGAGGAUUUCAGUGACGACGAGCACGAUGAAGACGAUAACGAAGACUCCAAUUCCCGUCAGCUUCGUAAGAGCGGCAAUUGGAUAACCUACAUCAAGAAUUUCAAGAUCGUUCUACCUCUCCUGAUUCCCAAGAAUGACCUCAAAGUCCAGGCAUGUCUUUUAGCUUGCGGUCUCUGCUUGAUCGGCGGCCGUUUCUUGAAUGUCCUAGUACCUUACCAGCUUGGAGUCGCCGCUGAUCAGCUCUUUAAAGGCCGAUUGCCGUACCUUGACCUGGCGAUUUAUCUUGCCCUGAAUCUCCUACAAGAUGAGUCGGGUCUAGGUCUCGUCCAAGCUCUCGCCAAGAUACCCGUUGAGCGCUUCUCAUACCGACAGCUCACAAACGCUGCAUUCAAGCAUAUCAUGGGUUUGGAGAUGGAGUUCCACGCGGACAGAGACUCUGCAGAAGUCAUGAAAGCCAUCGAGCAGGGGGAGGCACUGACAAAUGUUCUCGAGACUUCCGUUCUGUAUAUCCUUCCCCCGAUUAUCGACUUGACUGUUGCCUUUGUGUUGCUCUAUCUCAAAUUUAACUCUUCGAUUGCACUUUGUAUGCUGAUUGCAUCUCUCGGCUUUCUUUCACUGGAAGUCGUCACCUCUAGCUGGAACAUCGGCAACCGUCGGCGCGUGACAAAGGCAGAGCGCGAGCAAGCACGGAUAAUGCAUCAAGCCGUUCAGGGCUGGCAUACCGUGUCAUCAUUCAAUAUGCUUAAGUGGGAGAUAUCACGGUUCGGAGGUGCUGUUGAGAAGCAUCUCGAGGCCAAGACAGACUGGUCUAGACGCGAUGCUUUUAUCAAUGCUUUGUUGGACAUGUUGCUUCCUGCGACAUUGUUCUUGCUCACAUGCCUUGUGGCCCAUGAAGUAUACGAAAAACGCGCCUCGCCCGGAGAUUUCGUCUUCCUGAUUCAGUACUGGGACAACCUCAUCUGGCCAAUUAAAUUUCUUUCAGGCAGUUUCCGCUAUAUCAUGACGGAUAUCAUUGACGCAGAGCGGCUUUUGGAUCUACUUAUGACCGAGCCUGGUAUCAUAGACAAGGAUGGUGCCCCGGAAAUAGGGCCAGUGGAAGGCAGAGUCACAUUUGAGAACGUUCACUUCUCCUAUGACCUCAAAAGAACUGCAAUUCACGACGUAAGUAUCUCCGCUGCCCCCGGAGAAACGGUUGCACUGGUUGGUACCACCGGGUCUGGCAAGUCGUCGCUCAUGAAACUGCUGUUCCGAUUCUACGACGUCACUUCCGGGUGUAUCAAAAUCGACGACCAAGAUAUCCGCGAUGUCACUCAAGGGUCUCUGCGAGGCACUCUAGGCUUGGUUCCCCAAGAUCCCCUUCUGUUCAAUGCGUCAAUUCUUGAGAAUCUGAGAUAUGCAAAGACCUCAGCCUCUGAUGAAGAGAUCUACGAUGCCUGUCGCGCGGCCGCUAUCCACGACAAAAUCUUGACAUUUGCAGAUGGUUACAAUACGAAGGUUGGCGAGCAAGGGGUCAAACUCUCAGGUGGUGAAAUUCAGCGAUUGGCAAUUGCGCGUAUCUUUCUAAAAGAUCCGCCAAUCCUGAUUUUAGAUGAGGCAACCAGUGCUGUUGACACUGAAACUGAGACUCAGAUUCAAAGUGCCUUGAGGAGACUGUGUGCCAAGCGGACGACCUUUGUUAUUGCUCAUCGUCUGUCCACUGUUAUUAGAGCGAAUCAGAUUCUGGUGCUAGAUGAGGGAAGUAUAGUCGAGAGGGGGACUCAUCAGGAACUGCUAGACAUGGGCGGAAAAUACCAUAAUUUGUGGCAAAAGCAGCUUGGUGGUGAUAUAGAAGAGGAAGGCUGUGUCUUGGAUUUGUGA